CUUUUAUAAGGUGAACAAUUUCAUUCUUGCUUCUCACAUUCACUUAUCAUUGUUUUUCCGCCGAACCCAGAUCUUUGAUUUUCUGGGUGUUGCUCCAUUUCAAGUGUAAAAGAUGGCUGCACCACCAAACCCUACAAGAAUUGGCCUUGCCGGUUUGGCUGUUAUGGGCCAAAAUUUGGCCCUCAACAUUGCAGAGAAAGGCUUCCCCAUUUCCGUGUACAACAGAACUACCUCCAAAGUUGAUGAGACUGUUGAGCGGGCGAAAAAAGAAGGAAACCUCCCCCUUUAUGGCUUCCAUGAUCCUGAAUCUUUUGUUAAGUCAAUCCAAAAACCUCGGGUGGUAAUCAUGCUUGUCAAGGCUGGGGCGCCUGUUGAUCAGACCAUAAAGACUCUCUCCGUCUACCUGGAGAAGGGUGACUGCAUUAUUGAUGGUGGUAAUGAGUGGUAUGAGAACACUGAGAGGAGGGAGAAAGCCAUGGCUGAAUUGGGCCUUCUUUACCUUGGUAUGGGAGUUUCAGGUGGUGAAGAGGGGGCUCGAUAUGGACCCUCUAUGAUGCCUGGAGGAUCUUUUGAGGCCUAUAAGUACAUUGAAGACAUCCUUCUUAAGGUGUCGGCUCAAGUUCCAGACAGUGGCCCCUGUGUGACUUACAUUGGCAAAGGUGGGUCUGGUAACUUUGUAAAGAUGAUCCAUAAUGGUAUAGAAUAUGGUGACAUGCAGCUGAUAGCAGAGGCUUAUGAUGUUCUUAAAUCUGUUGGAAAGUUGUCAAAUGAGGAACUACAAAAAGUUUUCACAGAAUGGAACAAGGGAGAGCUGCUGAGCUUCUUGAUUGAAAUCACUGCAGAUAUUUUUGGAAUCAAGGACGACAAGGGCGAUGGAUAUUUGGUUGACAAGGUUUUGGACAAGACCGGCAUGAAGGGUACUGGUAAAUGGACUGUACAGCAAGCUGCUGAACUUUCCAUUGCCGCCCCCACAAUUGAAUCUUCUUUGGAUGCAAGGUUCCUCAGUGGGUUAAAGGAUGAAAGGGUUGAAGCUUCUAAAGUGUUCAAAGCAGGUGGCUUUGGUGAUAUCUUGACUGACCAAGAGGUGGAUAAGGCAAAGUUGGUCGAUGAUGUGAGGCAAGCUCUCUAUGCAUCCAAGAUAUGCAGUUAUGCACAGGGCAUGAAUUUGAUCCGUGCAAAGAGUAUUGAGCAGGGAUGGGACUUGAAGUUGGGAGAAUUGGCUAGGAUUUGGAAGGGAGGUUGCAUCAUUCGUGCUGUGUUCUUGGACAGAAUUAAGCAGGCUUAUGAUAGGAACUGUGAUCUUGCAAACCUUCUUGUGGACCCUGAGUUUUCGAAGGAGAUCAUUGAGCGACAGUCUGCGUGGCGAAGGGUGGUAUGCCUUGCUAUCAACUCAGGUAUCAGUACCCCAGGUAUGUCAGCUAGUCUUGCUUAUUUUGACACCUACAGAAGAGCGAGACUUCCUGCUAACUUGGUCCAAGCUCAACGAGACUACUUUGGUGCUCAUACAUAUGAAAGAACUGAUGUUGAAGGUGCUUUCCACACUGAAUGGUUCAAGAUUGCUAAGCAGUCCAAGAUUUAAGUCCCCGUUUCCUGCCUCAUUCAACUUAAGCAGAAUUCACCUUCAUCCCUAAUAACUUCUGCUAAGGAUUUUAUGCUGGGGCGGAGCUUCCGUCAACUCUUUUUGGUGAAAUUAAUUCUAAAUAAGUUUUAUCAAUUUGCUUUAAGUUUUAGUAGUGUGCAUUAAAUUUGGUUUGUUAUGCUUCUGCUUUGGCAUGACUGUUGGAAAAUGUAUUCUAUUCGAUGUGGGAGACUGGUGGUAGUACUGUAAAAUGCGGUAUUUUGAACAUGAAAAUCAACAGAAAGUUUCACAUUCUCAGUUCCUGCAAUUCCUUUUGAUUUUCGUAAAUUUUUCUUUCCAUUGUUGCGCCUUUGUUGCAUCUACCUUCUUGUUACUAAAUAUUCCUCAGAUGC